GCAGCAAAACAAAUCGACGUGAAAUCGCGUGUUGCGUGUUCUUCUUUAGCUUUGACAUUGCGUGUUGCUACUGUUGCUGUUGUGUUAUGUGUUUGUCAAGUGUUUGACUGGAAAGUUGCAAAUUAAAACGGUCUGUCUGUGCUUUAAAAAAAUACACACAAAGUCAGCCUAACAAAGUUGUAUAAAUAGCGUGUUCUGCACUAAGCAUAUGCAAAAAUGACUAAUGACAGAGAUGAGGAAUACAGCAAAUUUGUGCCACAGCGAAUGAGCUAUCAGGUGGUGCCUGGCGCGGAGUUUCAGUGCAAGUUGCCGCUGCAUCAAGGACGCAAGUUGUCCACCAUUGAUGAGCAGGACUUUGAUAAGGCAAAAUGCUGGGGCAUUGUGCGACAGGUAUUGGCAACAUGUGCGGUGUUGGUGCUUUCAACGGGUUGUGGCAUGCCCAUAGGCUACUCCUCGGUGCUGCUGCCGCAGCUGAGCGCCAAUAAUACGGAAAUACCCAUAGACGUGAGCGUGGGAUCUUGGAUAGCUAGCGUGCAUAGCUUGGCAACGCCGUUUGGCUCCUUGAUCUCGGGUCCUUUGGCGGAUUAUUUGGGUCGACGCAAGACGCUGCUUGUGUCGAUUGUGCCGCUAAUUUUGGGCUGGAGCACCAUGGCUAUGGCUAAGUCGGUUACAGCCAUAAUCUUUGCGCGUUUCCUUUGCGGCUUUGCCACGGGCAUCUUAGGAGGUCCUGGUCAGGUCUACAUAGCUGAAGUCACGGAGCCCAAUCUGCGUAGCUUACUCAUUGGUGCACCCUACGUGGCCUAUUCCAGUGGCAUACUGCUCAUCUACUUUCUGGGCAGCGUGUUCUAUUGGCGCAAUGUGGCCUGGUAUGCCAUUGCUUUGCCUACGCUGGCUAUGGUCUGCAUAUUCUGCAUACCUGAGACUCCGGCUUGGCUGCUGCGCAAUGGACAUGAGAGUCGCGCUUUGAAGGCUUUGACUUUUCUGCGUGGCAAGGAGAUCACCGCACAGAAGGAGCUCAAUGAGAUGAAGCAGCGUUUGGAACGGGAACGCUCCACCAGCAAUGCGAACGAGAACAUCUUUCAACUUUGCUGUCGUCCCGAGGCUAUGAAGCCGCUGUUUAUAGCCAUUACCUUCUCGCUGCUGCAGAUGUUCUCCGGCACGUUUAUAGUCAUCUUCUAUGCAGCGGACAUUGUGGCAGAGUUUGGUGCCAUCAAUAAUAUACAGCAGGCGGCCAAUUGGACGGCCCUGGUGCGCUUCGUUUGCUGCUUGAUCUUCUGCGGCAUUCUCAUCUUUGUGCGCAGGCGAAGCAUUAUGAUUAUAUCCGGCAUAGGAUCGGGCGCCUUCUGUCUUGCACUCAGUGUGUUCAUGUAUAUGCGCGUUGGGCAGCCCAAGAUGCCUUACGAUGUCCAGGUGGCAGGUUGGUGUCUGCUCGGCUAUAUUGUCUAUAAUACGCCGCUUAUGGUUAUGCCGGGCAUCAUGAUUGGCGAGCUGUUCCCAGCGCGCAUACGUGGACGCACUGCUGGUGGCAUUUUCGCGUCUAUGAAUGUGGCGUUGUUCAUCUUUGCCAAGGCUUAUCCAGCUCUGCAGUCGUGGCUGAAGAUGCGCGGCGUCUUUAUGGUCUUUGCGGUAUCCAGCUUUUUACUCACCAUCUUCAUGUGCCUGUUUCAGCCGGAGACAAAGGGACGCAGCUUGGAUCACAUCGAGGACUAUUUCAAGGGCAGCAACUGGUUAUGGUUUAGACGUGAUCGCGGCUACAAAGUUUCUCAUCUACAGCCUUUGCAGCCGUUGCACGAAACCAAACCCUUACAAAAGCACCAAGAACAGGCCUAAAUUUUAAGCAAGGAAGCUCCCACUCAAGCAUGUGCAUUUAGUUAUAUACAGGGCUCGUAAGAUUUCAUAGUUAGUAUUAUGCGUAACGCUAAAUUGUCUCGUAAUCUUAGGGUCUUCCCUAUGUUCCUUAGCAUUUAAUAGAUAACUCAACAUUUAUUAAAUUUAAAAUGUGAUUAUUAGUUUUUUAUAGGCUUUAAUGUAAAAUAAAUA